UAGAGUUCGAGAAGCCGCGGAUUCUGUCGAUCACAUUCAUUAACAGUUCCGACACUCGAUGAUAGUUGUCGAUGAUAGUUGAAUUGGCGAUUACUCUGAGAAUUAAAAAGAGGAAAAAUUAUCAGACUUUUGACUGGUGAAACUUUUUAUGGUUAAUCAACUGUAUCUACGGAAUCAUCGCAACGUUCUUGGCAUAAGUAAUGGGCGCAGCUGCCAGUGCUGACAAUUUAUGAAAGACGCUUGUAUAUAUCGCAUAAGAAUCUCGUGGACAAAGGAUUAUUAUUGCGUGCAUCAGAGUACAACUAAUAAUCGACAAUGCCAACGAUAAUAAUGGAUGGCAAAAAAUCUGUCAACUUUACGAUUAAUGGAGUACCAUACGAGGUGUCGGGAGGCAUACCCGCAAACACGUCCCUCAACGUUUACAUUCGCGACUAUGCGAAACUCCGCGGCACAAAAGCGAUGUGCCACGAGGGUGGCUGCGGUGCCUGCAUCGUGGCUGCGGAAAUCAAGGGUGAAACAAUGGCUGUGAAUUCUUGCCUCGUGCCAAUAUUAAUUUGUGACGGAUGGACAAUUAGUACGAUCGAAGGUAUAGGAAACAGAUUAAUUGGCUAUCAUUCGAUUCAGGCUGCGCUCGCUGGAAAAAAUGGCACGCAAUGCGGAUUCUGUUCCCCUGGAAUGGUGAUGAAUCUUUACAGUCUCACGCAAAACAACAAAUUGACAAUGCAACAGAUCGAAAAUUCAUUCGGCAGUAAUAUUUGCCGAUGCACUGGUUAUCGACCGAUUCUGGAUGCAUUUAAAGGAUUCGCCAGCGACGCGUCCUCCGUAAUGAAAAAGGAUAUUCGCGAUAUCGAGGAGCUCCACAAGGUGAAAACCUGCCCGAAGAGUGGAUUGCUAUGUAAAAACAGUUGUUGCGAUAAAUUGAAACAUCCGAAUAAAUCUUCGAACAAUGUAAAGUUGGAUAUAAAGUUGGAAGAUGCAGAAUUCUAUAAAGUUUAUUCAGUCGAAGAUCUAUUCGCGGUAUUUCAACAAAAACCGAAGGCUACAUACAUAUUAAACGGCGGGAAUACGGCGAACGGUGUUUAUCGUACGGGUAAAAGCGACCUUCACAUCGACAUAAACGAUAUUCCGGAGCUGCGCCGCAUCGAAAAGACUGACCAAUCUUUAACCUUGGGUGGAAAUAUAUCUCUUACUGUGGCGAUGGAGACUUUUCAGAAGUACUCGUCUAAGCCCGGAUUCAAGUAUCUGCGUCAUCUAGCCCAUCACAUCGAUUUGAUCGCAAGUGUACCGAUACGCAACAUCGGCAGCAUCGCCGGCAACUUGAUGAUCAAGCACGCGCAUCACGAGUUUCCAUCCGAUUUGUUCCUGAUGUUGGAAACCGCCGGUACCCAAAUACAUAUCCUCGAUAAACCCGGUAGCAAGCAAAGCAUGAUGCUGCAGGACUUCCUCAAGACCGACAUGCGUCACAAGAUCAUCUAUAGCGUGGUACUGCCGUCGCUGUCCGAUGAGUACGAGUAUAGAUCUUACAAGAUCAUGCCAAGAGCGCAGAACGCCCAUGCACAUGUCAAUGCUGGCUUCCUCUUCAAGCUCGACCGCGGCGGUAAGGUGCUGGAGAAGCCCAAUAUCAUUUUCGGUGGUAUCAAUGAGAACUUCCUGCAUGCGAAGAGCACCGAGGUGCUGUUUACCCAUCAGCAAUCGAUCUUUGAUAAAAACAUAUUCAAGGCUGCCUUGGAGACGCUGCACAAUGAACUAGAUCCUGAUCAUGUGUUGCCAGACUAUUCGCCGGAAUUCCGCAAGACUCUCGCUAUAGGAUUAUUCUACAAGUUUGUGUUGAGCAUCAAACCGGAAAAUAUGAAUCCUCAGUUCCUCAGCGGCGGUACUAUCUUGGAACGAGGACUUUCUUCAGGUACGCAGGACUACGAAUCAGAUAAAAAUAUGUGGCCAGUGAACAAGCCGACAAUAAAAUUGGAGGCGAUUCAGCAGACAUCGGGCGAGGCCCAGUAUUGCAACGAUCUACCGCCGUUUCCCGGAGAAGUGUUUUGCGCCUUCGUCACCACAGAUAUUGCUACCGGCAAAAUCAAGAGCAUAGAUGCGAGCAAGGCAUUGGCUAUGAAGGGCGUAGUAGCGUUUUUCAGCGCCAAAGACGUGCCCGGUAAAAAUUUAUUUGUCGCGGGUGUCAAUCAGCUGAUGAUGUUGUCGAAUGACGAAAUUCUGUUCGCCGAGAAUGACAUUCUCUACGCCGGUCAGCCGGUCGGCGUGAUCGCCGCCGAGACGAAUAGUUUGGCAAACGAGGCAGCCAAAUUGGUGGAGAUCAAAUAUAGCGAUCCUCUGAAGAGGAAGCCGGUGUUAACUAUUAAGGAAGCGCUCGCAACAAAAGAUGAUAGUAGAGUCGUGCUAGGCACCAAUUUUCCGGCGAAGAAAAAAGGAGAUGAUAUCAAGCACGUGAUAAAGGGCGUCUUAAAUUUAAAUAGCCAGUAUCAUUACACUAUGGAGACUCAAAGUUGCGUGUGCGUUCCCGCGGAUGAUGGCAUGGAUGUUUAUCCAGCUUCGCAAUGGGUAGAUUUCAUUCAAGUAUCUAUCGCGGAAUGCCUUAAUGUCAAGAAUAAUAGUAUCAAUGUCUCUGUAAAACGACUUGGUGGUGCAUACGGGGCGAAAAUUUCACGCACUGGACAAAUCGCGUGCGCUUGUGCGGUGGUAUGUCACAAGCUGAAUCGCCCGGCACGUUUUAUCAUGACGAUCGAGAGCAAUAUGCAAACGGUGGGCAAGAGAAUCAAGACGCAUCACGAAUACGAGGCCGGUGUCAACGAUGAAGGAGUUAUUCAGUAUCUUGAUUCGAAAUUUUGGUGCAACACCGGUUGUAACUUCAACGAAUCCCACGCUUGGGUUAUAAUGCAUCAUUUUGCCAACUGUUACAUGACCGACACUUGGACAGUAAACGGAUACGAGGUGCGAACCGACAUACCGUCAAAUACGUAUUGUCGAGCGCCAGGCUCCUUAGAAGGGGUGGCUAUGAGCGAGGAUAUAAUGGAGCACAUCGCGAGGGCGACGAAAAAAGAUCCGUUUCAAGUCAGACUGUCGAAUAUGAACGAGGACGACAAGACCGUGCUAGAGGAAAUGUGGCGCGAGUUGUCAAAAUCAGCUGAUUAUGAGAUACGAAAGCGAGCCGUCGACACGUUCAACAACGAGAAUCGUUGGAAGAAGAAGGGAAUCGCUAUGGUGCCAAUGAUGUAUCCGUUUAUGUUUUGGGGACAAUUCAACGCCAUGGUAUCAAUUUGCGCGCGCGAUGGUACGGUCUGCGUGACACACGGUGGGACCGAAUGCGGUCAAGGUAUUAAUACCAAGGUCGCUCAAGUGGCAGCUUACACCUUGGGAAUCGAUCUAAGCUUAAUCAGCGUCAAACCAACUACUAAUAUAGUAACACCCAACAAUUCGGUUACCGGAGGAAGUGUUACCAGCGAUAGUUGCUCUUAUGCCACGAUUCAGGCUUGCAAGGAACUCUUGAAAAGACUCGAACCGAUCAAGAAAGAUUUGAAAAACCCGAGCUGGAAGGAGCUCGUUUUUGCGGCGUAUCUAAAGGAUGUUGAUUUAUGCGCGCGAUAUAUGUACGCGUCCACGCAGGAUGACACACUCAAGCCUUACAAAAUUUACGGCCUCACCAUCGCUGAGGUCGAGAUCGACCUGUUGACUGGUCAGCACAUUAUCAGAAGGGUGGACAUAAUGGAGGACACUGGUAAGAGUUUAAGUCCGGAGAUCGACGUCGGUCAAGUAGAGGGUGCUUUCGUGAUGGGAAUAGGAUACUGGACUUCCGAGGAUCUGGUGUACGAUCCUAAAACAGGAGCAUUGACAAAUUAUAGAACUUGGAACUAUAAACCGCCAGGAGCGAAGGAUAUUCCCGUUGAUUUCCGCGUGUCCUUCUCCAGGAAUUCGAGCAACGAACUCGGUGUUCUCCGUUCAAAGGCAACCGGUGAGCCACCGCUCGCCAUGGCUUGUGUAAUUUCGAUAGCGAUCCGCAAGGCAUUGAACUCUGCUAGGGCGGAUGCCGGAAAUACAGAUGAUUGGUAUCAAUUGGAUGGACCAUAUACCAACGAACGUAUAAUUCUAAGCAGUUUAACCAGCAAGGACAACAUGGUGCUCUGAAAGUGUGAUUUGCGCGGGAAUAUAAAUUGGUGCUUAAAAUAAACCCUAUAGUUAUUGUCGUUUGUUUCUUUAAUCGCUCCCUUUUUCUAAUCAGAAUAAAUUUAGAUGCCCCGUA